GGUGAUCUGAGAUCCAAAGUCCUGGGAAGCCAGCACCGCCAGCAGGCACCUUUGAAGCCUGACUUCUCCCAGCUCUCCUCGCUGGGCAGGGUUGAGAAUGGCGAGGAUGCUGCCUCUCUUGGCGGGUCUCUUGGUGACGGGGCUCUGUCCUACGGUCCUGUGCCACUCAGACGGCACACUUGGUGGGAUGAAUCAGACCGAGGGAGACAACCAGACCCGUCUGGAUGACCUCAGGUUCGCCGACAGCAACACCGACUUCGCCUUCUCCCUCUACAAGAAGCUGGCCAGGAAUGACCCCAGCAAGAAUGUUGUCUUCUCCCCCAUCAGCAUCUCUGUUGCCUUGGCCUUCCUCUCCCUGGGGGCCCGGGGCACCACCCAGAUGGAGAUUCUCAACGGCCUGAAGUUCAACCUCACGGAGACCUCCGAGGCUGAAAUCCACCAGGCCUUCCAGCACCUUCUGUUUGUCUCCAACCAGCUCAACAGCCAUCUGGAGCUGAGCAUGAGCACCGCCAUGUUUGUAAACGAGGCGCUGGAUCUGCUAGGGGGGUUCCAGGAGGACGCGAAGGCGCUGUACGGGGCUGAGACCAUCCAGGCCAACUUCCGUGAUGUUGCCGCGGCCAAGAAGCUCAUCAAUGACUACGUGGAGAGGAAAAGCCACGGCAAAAUCCAGGACCUGAUCAGCAGCCUAGAUCCGGAAACCACGAUCAUCCUGGUGAAUGCUAUCUUUUUUAAAGCCAACUGGCAGAAUCCCUUUGACCCCCAUGACACAAUCAAGUCCAAGUUCCACGUGAGUCAGACCAAGUCCGUGAACGUCCCCAUGAUGGAAAUUGAAGACCUGGCCAUCCCUUACUUCCGGGACCCGGAGCUCUCCUGCACCGUGUUGGAACUGAAAUACACCGGCAACGCCAGCACCCUUUUCAUCCUCCCCGACAAGGACAAGAUGGAGGACGUGGAGGCCAGGCUGUCCCCAGAGACGCUGCGCAGGUGGAGAGAGUCACUGAGGACCAGCGUGAUUGAUGAGCUCUACCUGCCCAAGUUCUCCAUCUCCGGCAGCUAUGACCUGGACAAAGAACUUCCCCAAAUGGGCAUGAGGAGAAUUUUCAGCAACCAGGCUGACCUGUCAGGGAUCACAGGGGUCAAGGAUAUGAAGGUCUCACAGGUGGUCCACAAAGCCCUGCUCAGUGUGGGUGAGAUGGGCACAGAAGCAGCUGCAGCCACGGGAGUGAAAAUGAUACCUCUCUCCGGAAGAUGGGGCCAGCUGAGGAUUGUGAACCUCAACAGACCUUUCCUGAUGGUCACGCUCACCAACAGCCAGCGCAUCCUCUUUCUGACCAGGGUCUGCAACCCCACGCAGGCCUAGAGCACGUCGCAGCAUGGCCUAGCCAGGAGCAGAACUGGGCGCUGUCUGAGCUGCACCCUGUCCUCUGCCCGCAGAGCAGCUGCCAGGUGGGCCAUGACAGUGUGGCCGUGACCCUGUGUGGGUCCCAAGUCUAACCUGUGCAGAGGCUCCGGCACCUCCUAGCAGUAAUAAACCAUCUUCCUCCCAUUGCA